AUGGAGGCUGCUGGGUUUGUCCUUGCUGUCCUGCCUCUCCUCCUCAACCAGCUUGACAACUAUGUGCAGGGCCUCGAAACCCUGAAGGGCUUUCGAGCCAAGCGAUACAGGAGAGAACUGGACGGUUACUUGUCCAGUCUUGGGACACAGCAGGCGAUAUUUGUCAAUACUCUUGAGCGGUCUCUGGAUGGAGUCGUCGAAUACCAAAAUGAAGUAGACGAUCUAAUCAAGAACCCGUUGGGGAAUUUCUGGAAGGAACCUACUUUGCAAUCAAAGCUGAAAACGAAGAUGGACCGAAAUUAUAUUCCCUUCGAGAGGACCAUGACGGAGAUUCAUGUUCUACUCGAAGAUUUGUCGCGCCAGCUGGGCUGGGACAAGAUAAUGCCAGCGACGGUAGAGAAAUACUGGAAUAGCUCCUCUAAUAUUGAACGAGAAGUCAAAAAAUUCCGUGACAUCUUCUCGAAGAGUAUCUAUGCCGACCUGCUCAACCGAAUCAACACCGCCAACACCCUUCUCAAGACACUAGUCGAACAGUCCGAUUACCGAGACACGACUCGAAAACGGAGGCUAUCAAAUCACACAUUGAUCCGCUACCGGAAGUCCCGACGAUCUGCAUCUAGUCUACACAAAGCCAUCAUACGCGGCAAAUGCUGGAAAUGCCCCUGCAAACAUCAGCAUACUAUCCAUUUUGUGCUCAACGCUCCAUCGCUAGACACCCUUGACCCGUUAGCGCAAGGUCGUGGGAACCCCCGAUUCCGCAUGAUCUUUGCUCCUAAUUUGCAUAUGGAUACCUCAGUCUGGAAGUUUGGUCAUGAAAUCGAGACUGAGGCAGACAUGAUCACGUCCAGCAUGGGGGUGCGUUAUGUCUGUCAGUUAGCGGAUCACACCAAAGAUUUGAGUUUAAAACCAGCGAAAGGGAAAGCGCGGGUUCAGUUCUCCUCUGAUACGAUAAUAACGAGCGAUGAAGUGGUUCUAAGCAAGCCCAGUGGGAGUGAUGUCCCGCCUCCAAUCACGGAUAUCUGUCAGAUACUGUCAAACAGCGAGAUCAAUCGGGAUACUCAGACGGCAUUGGGGUGGGUAUCAGAUGAGAACCACAGACAUAACGUCUACUACGUGCGACAAGUUGCCGAUUCUCUAAAGUCAAAAUCACUCGAAGAUCUUAUCACAGCUUCUUCUACCUUCUCAGCUGGCCAGAGCAAUGUGGGCCUUCUAUUCAGUCAACGAGAUCGUCUGCGGUUAGCAGUGGGCCUUGCAUGUAGUGUCCUCGAGUUCCAUGGAAGCUGGCUGCGAGACCACUGGACAGCUCGGGAUAUUAAGUUCAUGCCCGAGUCCUCGACAGGUCUUGGUAGCCCAUAUAUUCCGUGGAGUUUGGGAACUGAACCCGGUAAUUCACAGGACCAGGCUAGCGUCCUGACAACAGCGCUUAUCCGAAGCCAGAUACUAUUCCCUCUGGGUCUCGUUCUGGUAGAGCUUUCGCUAUGUCAAGUGCUCGAGACACUAAGCACUCCUGGAGAUGAAGACCCACACGAAGCCGUGGCGAAUCUCAAAACCGCAGCGCGUGUGCUACCAUCUGUUAUGGAACGCAGUGGACCAGAAUAUGCAAAGGUCGUUGAGCAUUGUCUGUUUUGGCACGGCAGCCAGGAUACCAAUUUGGAAAGCGACGCCAUGCAAGAAAAGGUGUUUGAGUUGAUCAUCAUGCCGUUGAUGGAGAACUUGAGGAGCUUUGAGGAUUGGUGGCAGCGGUAUUGA